CCACCUUGUUAGUAGUAGUAGUGAACAAAAAAAUUAUAGUGGUUUUUAGUAGUAGCCAACACAAAUGUAUGACUCCCGAAUUAAAUACCGUUAAAUACGAGUUUCCUUUUGGGUCAAUUGUUGUUGGAACAAGUCGAGCUCGAGUUCAAUUGUGUGUGGUGGACAUUUGGCUGUUUGGACUCUGGCGGCCGCUAGGUGGCCUUCGCCUUCGAUCGGAUUUUUGUACUCCAACGGGCGAGUGAGAGACUUUGCGUCUGCAGCCUUACAGCAGUCUGCGUCCUGUCUUCGACAAGGGAAUACUGUUCUGUGUGAGUUUAGUCCACUAUUGCUGGGGCGUGUUUCGUUCAAUACUCAUUUCACUUAACAAGAUAACUAGAAGGGUGUUUAUGUGUAUUGUGCGAUAAACAAUUUUCUAUCGGCAGUAGUGGCAGUUUCUCUUGUACAGGCUCCAACAACGCACACAAGUUCGGAUUCUGGCAAGCUCCAUAGCCUAGUUUGACGUCAUUGGCCAUCGACUCCUACCCACCACCCGAGAUACACACACACAGCACACAAUCGAUUUUCCUAGAGGUUUACAGACAGCUUUUCUGAGAGCUGGUUCGCGAUGGACCAAGAGAAAGUACCUCACUUCGCAUCCGCACAGGAGGAAGCACGAUAUUGGAGAUUAAAAGCCGAAGAAUUCCAGAGAAUUGGCGAAGAUGCCAGACUAGAGUUGGAAGAAUAUCAGGAAUCGAGUAGAGAACUAGAAGCCGAGUUGGAGACUCAAAUCAAACAAGCCGAACACCAAGUCCGUGAAUUACGAUCCAACAAUCACCGGUUAUUAAUUGAACACAAUUCAUUGAAAGAAAAAUUCGAAGCACUCAGUCGAGAGCACCACACUCGAGUGAACGAGCUGGAAACGCAUGUGCAUCAACUACGAGCCAAAAACGAAGAUACAACCAAGCGAAUCAGACAGCUAGAGCAAACCAACGAUGAUCUAGAACGAGCGAAUCGAGCGACGCUGGGAUCGUUAGAAGAUUUCGAGACGCGGCUGCACACGGCCAUCGAGCGCAACGCAUUCCUCGAGUCCGAACUAGACGAUAAAGAGUCGCUGGCCGUUAUGGUCCAACGGUUAAAAGACGAAACCAAAGAUUUGAAGCAAGAACUUCAGGUUCGGCAGAAGGCCAUUCACGAGACACCGGACAACGAAAAGCAAGAGAAAGCCGUUGUAGACGAAAACGAAAAAUCGGAUCCGACGAAAUCGCCGCUGGCCUACCCUGCGAGCAAUAACAACAACAAACUGCCCUCCAGCGUGCCCCUCAAACCAUUGGCAGUGACCGACACGGGAAUCACUCAGGCAGCCCGGCAUUCCGCCUUGAACAUUGUUGGAGAUUUGCUUCGACGAGUUGGGUGUUUAAGGCAGCAGCUCAGCAACGUCCAAAAUCCAACACCUGGAGUUUACUACCCACUCUUUCCCAGGUGCCAAAAUGAACCCCAACUCUCUGUGCGUGAGAGAUCCCCUUCAAUGCCGUCCUCCCCUCCACUUGCGUUAGAGAACAAAUUAUCAACGUGCCGGACUAUGGUGAAGGAGGGCAACGGGACGGUCAAGGAAGCUACUAGGGGGAAAUUGUUGAGUCGUGCAACUUCGACGGCAGCGCCGGUGCAGAGUAUCAUUCGAGCUUAACUAGUUCCAAUUAUUGACGAAAAUUUACAUCAACCGAAGCAAAACAAUAAAUUAAAUUAAAAAAGGCAGGGCAAAUAAAGAAAUAGAAAAAAAUCGACAAAAGUGACGAUCGCUUGACAUUGAAAACAAAAACAAGUUCUACUUUUUUUUCUUCUCUUUACUUUACACACAUUUUCGAUCGCAUUAUUUUUGUCUUUUUCUCUCUCAAAAAAAGAUACUUUGUUAGUUUCGUUCGUUCGUUCAUGGGAGCAGAGUAAGGGAUAUGAAUGUGUUCGGGUCACGUGAACUGUACCUUAUUGACUUUUGUUCCAAAUAUCCACACACACACACACCUAAUUUGUAACGUCUCCCUCUAUAUAACUCGUUGGGUUUCUCGGACCUCUGACGCAUAAUCUCGUCCCGAAAACAUACAACACACCAACUCCCCUGUUCUCUCGCUCCCGAAGUUUAUCAUUUUUUUUUUGUCUCGAAAGAAAAACGUUUUGUAUCAUAUGGAUUUUUGUCUAGAUCCCCGUGUAACGAAACCCUGCUAUCAAUAUAUUAUAUAUAUACUAAGAUAA